ACGUGCACGGCAGGGGACGUCCGUCGAACUUUUCCACCUGAUACGAGACUUCGAUCUAUCUAACAAACACGCUGGUUGUUUAUUUUGUUGCCCUGGGUUACCGUAGCGCACCGGUGCGUGACCGAGCAAGGGUAUGACAUUCGGCGAGCAGCUACCAGACAUUCGAUGUAGGCCAUCGAUAGUGGAAGGUCUCUGUAGAAUCGGAUGCAUUUUCUCGAGUGUACUUUAGUGACAUUCUUACCGUGAGACAGUAAAGAUUUACAGGAGAGAAAGAGUUAAAACAGGUUAAUAAAUUGUGUUCUUCAAGCAGCUGGUCUUGUUUGUUGACUGCUUCCCACGUUCACAGGACAGGCACAGCGACAAACAAAAGCUGCAGAUGCACCCGUGAGCUGUUCGAAACCGUUGCCAGUGGGUGAUUUGAAAUUGAUUGGCCAUUACACGAUCGUUUGCUUUUGUUGGCUGUGAAGUAUCGGUACAUUGCAGGAGUCGUACAGAGGUACCGGCUGGAAGGAACUGCACAAUGUAUUCUAGCACCGUUUCGGACGGCAAUGGAGCAUUGUUCCAUUGUUCGGAACUGACGCCACGUGCACCCUAUCGGAGAGAGUUUGAUGAGAUGGAAGCUCGCAUCCGGAAGUGUGAGCGACAGCGGGCAGAUUUGGAACGACAGUUCGAGGAGCUAAUGCGCGAACGAACCGAAUGCGAAAAGGCUACGGUGCGGGCGAUGAAGCAACGGCAACGCCGUCAGCAGGAGGCAGAACGACAGCGAGCCGAGCGGAACGAGAGCAUUCUUCGAAUGUUGAACAAGAUCGAUCAACAGGCGGCUUCGCUGGCGGCGAAAACGGAUCGAUUGAAGAUGUUAAAGACACAGUACGAAAUGUAUCUGAUGCGUACCUGGUCGACAUCUUCUGGACCGGCAUUACCGGCCGCUUACGGUGUUCCGAUGAUAACGGCUCCUCCAGUAAUGCUUACGCCACUGCCCCAAAGUCCAGCAAAAUCAUCAACGAAAUCAGAAUUUGUCCAAUACCUGUCCGACCUGACGCAUCAGCAAACGGCCAGCAUAAACCCAAUUCCACCGCCGAUGGCUUUGAGUAACUACCUUGCAUCACAACAGAAACCGUACGGAAUGGCAUCUACCUACGGAGCUUCACUAGAGCGUCCAUAUUCAAGAGUGUAUACCAGUAGUGCGCCAAUUGAGAAUGACUGUUUGAUGGUGAAUAGUGGUGCCGGAACGUCGAAAAGCACCACCGUCGGUGGUAUACAGGCGAAAAAGUUCGCAAUGUCCAACGAAGACUUUAUCCGCUACAUCGACAGUGAGGUACUGAAGGAACCAAUACCGACGGUUAGCAUCGUUGCACCUUCGCCCGUUGAAUCGGAUAAGGUAAAACAGUCUGGUGGAGCAUAUCUUGAAGAUGCUACUAUGAGUGAAGAUGAACCGGUAAGGGAAGUGGCGAAUAAGUUGGAAGAAUUCAGCAUUUUGGUAGAGCCAGACAUUAGGAAGGAUAUAACGGAGGAGCAUUCUAAAGAGGACAUUAAGGUGGUGGCAGAGAUGAUUGAAAGUGGUAAGAAGCUUGAAGAUUUUUUAAAAGACGAAUUAAAAGUAAUAACAGCUUUUUCUUGUACUGUUAUUUCAGAUCAUCAAAAUAUAAAAACUCUUGAACCAAUUCAACAAGAGAAAAGAUCUAUGGAAUUACCUACAUUGGUUGAAUCUAUUAAGGACGAUAAUGAAACGAAUGUAGAUAUUGAUUUCAAUUCGGGAAACAAAACAUUACAUGAUAUGCCAGAUGAUCGUACACAUAACGAUAUUCAAGAGAUACUUCAGGAUUCUACAGCACCACCUGGUAAUGACGCUGUAGUUAAUGAAACAGCCAAUGAAGACUAUCAUCAGACAAUUCAUCAGGAAGAGUACAAUGAAACAAAUUACGGAGCAGAGUUUGUACCAGCGAAUACCAAUGCGGAUUAUGAUGAAACAACUCCUGCCACAGAUCAGCAUUUGUACACUACUGAGCAAACAGAACAUGAACCAUACGACAAUCUACAGUAUGGUCCUUCAAAUGAGACAAUAUUAAAUCCUGAAGAGGCUCCUGAAAUGGAUCCGCAGCAGCUUCCACAACCGGUACAACAGUACGAGUCUAGGAAUCAACACUGGAACACGGCGCGACAAGCGUUACGAUCGAAAGCACUUCCAGUGUCAUCCUCCAAGCCUCCAUCGCCUGAAACGGGUGUGAGUGAUCAUGUAGCCCCUGAUCUUCAGCAAGGAAUGACCACGACAGAAUCAGCUGAAACAUGGAGGAUGGAUCAGGCAGAUGUUCAAGCACCGUACGAAAAUACUCAGCCAAACACUGUCACACAGAUUGAUGAACCAAAUGCUGCGUAUUCGAAAUACGGGGGAGAACCGAGUGAUGCUUACUACCAAACGGAACCUGCUGCAACUGCUGCUGUCCAAGACGGUGGGGAACAAAAUCCCUCUUCCACCGAUCAAGCAUACAUUAACGGUGCCAUGGGUCAACCAGUAGAGUACCAACAAGACGAUGGACAACAAUCAGCUGCCUAUCAGUAUGGGAACAGUCAGGAUCCUGUUGCUUAUCAGGAAGGUCAGUAUGUCGAAGGAGGAACAGCGGGCGAGUCACAGUAUCAGUAUCAAGAAGGGGUUGAUCAAACGGGCAACGUGUAUGCGACGCAGGAGCAAUAUCAGGAUCCGAAUCAGCAGUAUCAGUAUGAUCAAAACGCACAGUACUAUAGCGAUCAACAAGCUUACGAUGCACAGUACUACAACCAAGAUCCACAGCAACAGGAACAGCAACAGCAACAGCAGCAGCAGUACUAUAUCGAUGAGUCAAACCAACAGCAGAUGGAUCAAAAUCAAGCAGAACAGCUAAAACCGAUGGACCAAUUUGUUUCUCCAGAACAAAACGACCAACCAUACUACCCAUCUGAUGGACAGUACGAACCUAACACUCAAAAUGCUGAACCAACUCAACCAAACCCUCCUGAGGGUGGUGAUGUGACGGUCCCCAGCUCCCUAGAACCACCAUUGGCCAAUGCACAAACGGUUGAGACAUCGGCCGUUAUCGAUGCCACGUUGCCGAAAGACAAACAGGAGAAGAAAGCUUCCGACGCUAUAGUGCAACAGGCCACUCUCGAGCAAAAACCCUCCAGAAAGGAGGGAGCCGAUCCGGGAUCCGAUGCGCCAACGCUGAGCACCGUCAACGAUGAGAGUGAUUUUGAUUUCUCCUCCCAGUGAUAAGCACGCGGGUCGUGUUUGCUCAGAGCUUUAGCCGCUAAUUGAUGAUAGAAAUCUAUCCUGAUUGUUUUGUGUAGCAAAGCCCUUGGUCUAUAGAAACAUGUGGGCUUUCGUUCGGAGCUCGUGCGCUCAAGUACGUCGUUUCCUUUGCACCCAUGAUAAAACACUUCAAUCUUUAAUACGCACCCUUUGGAGCACGCGCUUUCGAGGUCCAACAUUUAAAGGACGGUCCGCUUUAUUACGGCACGCUGUUGGGCGGGAUGCGUAUAGUCAUGUUGUGGUUAGUGCUGUGUUCAGUGUACCUGGUGAUCGUUCCGGUAGUAACGGCCAAUGGCCGACUAUCCA